AAGUCUUGAAAAUCUGAAAAUGAUAAUGACAACGUUGUUGCUUGUUGCUGCUUGUUGCUAAACAUUGACGUAUUUUGCCUUUUGACGUUUAACAAACAAAAUUGACGUUUGAGCAACAUUUUUAAUAUGCACAAAUCAAAGAAAAAGAGCAUAAAAUAAUAGAAGAUGGGAAAACAAGUAUUCGUCGGUGUAAAACAACAUUAUUGCGCAUUUCGUAUUGAAAGAACAAAGUGGAUUUGUACCAUACAAAAUUCCGGAAUAUCAACAUGUCUGAAGUAUGAUUAUAAUUAAAAAUAUACAACGAUAGAAAUUCAACACCAACUUUACAUCGCUAAAAGUCCUCAACUUGCUAAAUUACCUAUAAGAAGAAACAAGGCGUGGUACGGUAGUUGCGGUAUACAAAAGCCAACGUCAGCACUUGAAGCGUUUUUAUUCCAACAUGGAUUGGUCAACAUGUUCGCCGGAUAUCAUUUUAUUGAUUUUUAAAUACCUGGAUUACAAAUCUCUUGCGAUUUGUCUCUCUGUAUGCAAGUCUUGGAGAGACAUAGUGGAUUAUUAUGCAGGAGUUAAAGGAAUAUGGCCUGACCUAGCACAACUGGCCAUGUACAAAAAAGGUAUUGCAUUUAAACAGAGGUCUAUUCUUCCUUGGAGAGACCUAUACUUUAAUUACCAGCUAUGGAAUAAUAGGAAUAUUCAUCUUCAACUUGAUACAAUUUUGGAAUUAAAACAGUUUAAGCACAUGCAUGUGUUUGAAGAUAAUAUAUUUAUUACCUUUGAUUCUGGUAUGAUGCAAUACAAAGUUGAUACAUUAGAAGGAAGUUUGAUAGAAAAGAAUGUUUUAAACUAUCAACAAACUCAUUGUAUAACAGGAAAAUUAGAUCACAAAAAUUCACUGUGUCUUAAAAUAGGACUGCGGCAAAAAGUUUUUUGUGUUCCAUGUUGUGAUUUCACAAUUAUAAAUGACCACUGUUUAGUAACAGAUGCGUCGCAUAUAUUCAGCAUUAUAAAAUGCUGUUGUUCCAUUGUGCCAAUUGAUCCAUCGAUUAGAUUUAAAAAAGCAGCCUCGCUCCGUCUGUACAAUACCCUUGGAACUAUCUGUAGCGCAAACAUUGAUAAUGAUAUUGUUUACGUGGUAAAUAAAGGUGGAAGAAUAAUAAGGUUAAAGGAUAUGGAUUUCUUAGGUAAAACGGUGGGGCAAAUCGUUUUCCCGCGUAACAAUAGCCCACUAGUUGUGUGCAUGUUUCAAAAGUUCAGUGUUAUUCAUAAUGUCAGCAGUAAGGACGGAUCAAAAACAAUGGCAGUGUCUUUUAUUGAUGAUACGGAAGAAAUAGUCGUGGAAUGUUCUGGAAUGACUUGUGUUACUCCGUAUGGUGAUAUCCUGCUUUUAGGAUAUGAAGAUGGAGAGGUACGUGCUUAUUUACAAGAGAAAUUGUUGAGUACAAAAGAACCACUUUUUACAUUUAAUAUUAAGGAUCUCAUUUUGGAUGGAUUUUUGGAUGUCGCGAUCAAGGCGAUAGAGGUUUAUGAAGCGAAAGAGUCGCACUAUUUGUUUAUAGCAACUCAACAUCAGACCAUAAAAGUAAUAGUCACUUACAAUGAUUAAUGAGAAAAGUUGAAUUAUCUUCUUCAACUUUUUACGUGGAAAUUAGGUAUAUAUUGAAUGUUGUUAUAUUGUCGUAGGGAUAGUCUACGAUUUGCCAUAUAAGUGUAUUUAUUAUUUUAAAAGAAAAAUAGUCAUGUUAAAACCAAAAAUAAAUGUGCGUAUUUUUUGUGUA